UUCUACUUUCUUUUUCCUCUUCUGAGCAAAAAAGUUUUACUAAUCCUUUUUUUUAUAGAAAAUUUGUGUUUUGCUUUGACAAGAAGCAAGACUAGCCUUAUCUAGAAACUUGACAUUUAUGGAGUCUCUGACGACCAAAUCCUCCACCGCGAAGAGCGUUGAGCUACCGCCUCGCCGUGGAAAGGUGAAGCGAGAGAUCUUUGGUUUCUUAGCCAAUUCCAUCGUUUCCGUGGUGAAAGCCGGUGGAUCGUUUGGGAGGAACUCCGGAGGUGGUGGUGGUGGCUCUUCUUCCUCCACCACCACUCCUCCAGGGAGUGGCUACACCUCCGAACAAAACAACGAAUCCACUUAAACAACAAACAGACAUGAAGACAUAAUUACGAAAGUGCCACCACCAUGGCACUCUUGAGAGAAAGCUGAGUGGUUCUGUUCGUUUUAGAAAACAGAACGCUACUUUUUUCUCCAAGUCCGGUUCGGUUUUAUGGUGGUUUGUUUUCUUAUGUGUGGUACAACCCGGUUUAACUUCGGUUUUUUGUAGGUUAAACUGGGAAUACGCAAUGGUGUGAUUAAUUUGCUUUUGAUUAUGUUGUAAACAAAAUUAUCUCCCUAAU